AUGAGUGUAUAUGACGAACUUUCAUUAAUAAAAGUUUCUUUGAACGAAAAAGAGUUAAAUCUAGAAGAAUUAUAUUCACCAGAUUUACAAGCAUUACAUCGCUUUUUAAGAUUACUUCCAUAUUUGGAUAAUUCAACAAGAUCAAAACUUUUGGAAAAACUUAGACGAUUGAUUGAUUCCAAUGACCAGGGCCAAGAAGUGAAAGAUGUUAAGAUUCUUGUGAUAAUGAUUUUGGAUAAUUUAGCAUAUGACUCUUCAACAUGUUUCGAAAUAAUUCUUACCGAUUUAAUGAAUCAGGUUCAAUCAGAUUCUACAGAAUUGAAAUGUCGUGUUUAUGAUUUAGUGCUUAAUAACUUGAAGAAUGAAAAUUUGAAUAUUUCAUCAUCUUUAUUAAGUAAACUCAAGUCUUUUGGUGUACAUGCAAUCAAUGAUUUAACCGACUCACAUUAUAGUUUAAGAUCUGUAUGUAUAAUUUCUGGUGGUAAUAAUAUAAUGUUGCCAAAUCUAAACGAAUCAGAAAUUCAAAAAAUCAUUAAAAAUUUUGGUAAUGAUCCAGAUCCUAGAGUUAGAAGUGCUGCACUUAAAGCAUUACUUCAACUUAAUGAAUAUGGAUAUAAACUUGAUAUAUCAUUGUAUAAUUUAAGCGUUUCAUGCUUAGCUGAUGAUUAUGAAGAAGUUAGAAUAGAAGCAUUAAACUUAAUAUGUACAAUAUACCCCCAAAGUUCGAUGGAAGAUGGACCAUCUCAAUCGAUAAGGUUAAUAGAUGAUGCAUUUAUUAAAGUAUGCGAUAUGGUAUACGACGUUUCGGUGAAAGUUCGAAGUAAGGCGUGUAAACUUAUGGGACUUUGUCUAGACGUAGAUGUUAAUGUUCUUUUACAAACUUUAAGUCAACAAGUCAUUACUCAUUCUGGAAAAUCUAAAAAAGUUGGACACAAUAAACCAAAGAAAGGAAGGUAUAUUCCUAACCCUGAAGGUGACAUUGAUGUGGAAUCAUUAGAAUUACGACUUCUUAAAUCAAGUGCAUCGGGUGCAUUUAUUCAUGGUCUAGAAGACGCAUAUCAAGAUGUUCGAAAAGCUGCAAUUGAUUCUAUACGUGAAUUGUCUAUGAAUAACCAAGUAUUUGCUAAAAGAGCUGUUGAGUUCCUUGUAGACAUGUUUCAAGAUGAGAUUGAUUCAGUGCGAUUGAAAUCAAUUAACAGCCUAAAACAAAUAGGAGAAAAUAAUCCAAUUGAAUUAGAUUCAGAAUUAUUACAAAUUGUACUUAGUGUACUCAACGAUUCAGACCCUGUUGUUAGAGUGUCAACUCACAGAAUGCUAGGUGUUAUAAGAUUGAAAGUAUCAGAUUUGACGUUGAUAUUUACUCAAACAUUGAUUAAGAACAUGUCAAUAUAUCCCGAAGAUCAAUUAUCAAUUUAUGAAUGUUUUAGAGAUUUUGGCACUAAACAUAGCGAUUAUAUUGAACAAUUUAUACCUAAAUUUUUUGGAAUGCAAGAAAGUUAUUACAUUUCAAAAGAGAUUAAUCAAAAUUCACCAGAACACUUGAAGGCACAAAUUACAUUUAUGCCGGGAAAUGAAAAUAAACAAAAUAUUCAGAUAGAUACUGAUGAUAAAACACAUUUGCUUAUGCAACACACCAUUGAUAAUAUUUUAAUGUUAAAAAGACUUUUUAAAAUAAAAGAUUUCAGAUCUUCAAUGAGGGUUAUUAAAGUUUGUACAAGAAUACGUGAAAGUUUUAAUACAGUGCCAAGUUUUAUGUUAAAAACAUCGGACAUAGGAGCGAAUUUAUUGAAAAUAUCUUAUUCGAUUGAACAUGGAUUUUUAGAAUUACACAAUAAAAAAUUUAUUUAUAAUAUGAGGAUAAUUGCUUAUAUUGUUUGGUUGAUUGGCAAUCUAAAAAAUGUUGAUAGUAAUAGUAAUUCGGCAUUGAAUAAUCAGGAUCCUUUGAAUUUAUUUAUCAAACGAGGAACUGAUAUAGCAAGACUAUUUGAACAAAAUAAUCAUGAAUUAAACUAUCUUCUUGACAAUUUAAAUAAACCUCCGAUUGAAAUGAAUGCUAUCAUUUCUUUAUUAUUUGAUUAUAUUAAGAAUUUUCAAUUACUUGAUAUAAAUCCUCGAAAUUCUUUAAUAAAACCAGAAGCAAUUAUUACUCGACCAACUUCCAAUAAAAAACCAGUAGAAUUUGACCGUCAAUUUCCAUUAACUGUUCAUAUAGAGGCUGAUCUUUUUGACUUAGAUGAUAUAACUACUAUUUCAAUUCAGGUUACUCUUCCUGAUCAAAGUAUUUUAAAUUUUCGAACAUCACCCGCCGAAUUCUUUCCUACGAAAACCUAUCAAUAUCAAUUAAAAACUCACAUAGACAUUUCACAGUCUGCUUGGACCGAAUCAUGUUAUAUUAUAAUUAAGAUAGUUCGUAGUUUUGAACUAGAUCCAAACAAUAUUGAUAUGAAUAUUUUACGACAAAAUUUUUCAUCGGCAAAUAGUAUACCCUGUGCAACAACAAGCACAAUGACAACUCAAAAUACUUUGGAUAUUUCUUCUAAUCCUAUUAAAUAUUUUAUAUGGCCAAAAGAUACACUACCAACCUCUAUUUCUUAA